GUCUCAGUGAUCUGCACGAUGCCGCCGUGAUCGUACGGCAUCGUACUUUUCCUGGCGACACGCGGCACGCAUCACGUGGCACCACACACCGCGUCCGCGCGCUCCUGCCUCCUGCGGCGUGACCACGUCCGACGUCUCCCUCGCACCGACGACGCGUAGCGCACCGAUCCGGGGGAGAAACGACGCCCGUCGACGACGCUCGCGCGCGACAACAAAUGCGUCAGUGAUCCCGUCGUUGGAUAUAUGCCGGGAGAAGUCCGAUAUGAGUACAGACGGAAACACGUUCUCCGGGAGAAGAUGACCCCACGUCGUCGCGUCUUGGCAGGAAUUCGCCGUGCUAUUUUUGCCGCCGGUGUCCUGGCGCUUAUCGUCCUAGCACUGUCAGGUCAGGAUGGCACUAACACUCUGCAGCACGGGAAUUCGCUGGAGGACGCGAAUCUGACACCGGAGGAGAAAAUAUUGGAGCAAAUUACGGCGGCGGAAACCGAGCAACGUCUAACAGCUAGGCGGAAAUUCCUGGCGGAGAAAUGCGCCGAGGAGGGACUCGAUCGCCCUGGCAACGACUCGCUUCACAGGCCGAACGCCUGGGAGUUUCUUGUAAAUAGGGAGUACCAUCUCAUAUGGUGUAACGUUUUCAAAGCAGCGUCUACAUCAUGGAUGUAUAACUUUAAUUUACUUGCGGGAUAUAGUCCGCAAUUUCUGAAGGCCUCUAAAGCAGUGCCGGUUUCGCUAGCCAGACAGAGGUAUCCUAGGCACAGCGCGGAAGAGUUGGCUAAAUUUUUGAACGACAGCAUCAGUUUUCUGAUAGUGCGGCAUCCCUUCGAAAGAUUGCUUAGCGCUUAUCGAGACAAAUUGGAGCACAGUCUGCCACACACGUUUCAUAGUAACCUCGGUGCACACAUAGUUUGGCACUACAGAGCAAGGGAUCCGAAAUCAAAUACAAGACAAGGGCCGAGAUACCCCCUCUUCGAGGAAUUUGUGCGAUGGCUGUUAUGCCAGUGGAGAGCGGGAAACGAGCUCGACAUGCAUUGGACACCAGUUGUGAACUUCUGCACGCCCUGCCAAGUGCGAUUUGACGUGAUAGCUAAAUUCGAGACACUGCAUGACGAUCAAGAUUAUCUUAUAAAGCAAGCUCAUGUAGGACACAUCAUCAAACCUGAGUGGAAAAAUCCUACCAAGGGCGUCCAAACGAAAGAUGUUAUAAAAAACUAUUUCACACAAUUAUCCAAAACGCAGAUCGAGGAGCUUUACGAGAUGUUCAGGUAUGACUUCGUACUGUUCGAUUAUUCACCCGAGGAGUACUUAGCAUUUGGUAGAGACGAGAUUACCACACUAACGUGUAAAAAGUGAUCAUGGCAUUUCGUCUAUGCUUAGAAUAUGUGACAUCAAAUUAAAUGAGGCGUGCGACACACAACGAAAUCGUAGAUAGCGCUAAAUGAAUUUGGAGGAAUAGGAAGUACGGUAUUCGAUGUAUGAUGAUCAACGCAUUUCUAAUAUGGAAUUUCAGAAAAGGAAAGAUAUGUCCUGGUUUUGUAAUUUACAUAUAAACUGCGUUGUCAUAUUGAACUUUUUGAUAGUGUGUAUGUUAAAGUUUAUCAAAUUGUUGUAUUGAAUACAUUGGAGAAUAAAAACGCGAUGGAUAUUAACGAUAAAUAACGAUGAUGCAAACGUCUUGCAAAUAUGAACGUACAGUUCGUUGCUUGCGUACUUAAAUUGUUAAAACAUACUCAAUUUUUACAAAUUUACAGUUGUCAGCUUGGAGAAAGCUUUAUCGGUAUCCAAUCUUUCAAAAUUUUCACUCUCAAUUAUCUUCCGUUAUAAUAAUGUAUGGUAUUAUUAUGGUAUAGAUUAUCAUGGUAUAGAUUCGAUUAAUAAUAAAAGUUGUUCUAAAAAGCUUUUAAAUAGAAUUACGAUUGACUCAAGAAAUUCUUAACUUAAAAAUAGAUUGAAAGAAUUUUAGUACGUGACACAGAAAAUUGAAAAAAAUUUGUGAUAGCCUCAGUUUUGCAUAAAGCAAUAAGAGUAUCUAACUAAUGCCACCGAGUUGUCCCCGGCAACUGCACAAUAAUCUUUUUAAACAUAAAUGUAGUACCACUAUAAAAAUGGUAAUAGUACUGCCUCAAGGAAACAUGGUGCAAAAUAUUAAGGUAAUUAACUUAUCACAUAACAUCACUUUGAGAUGCAAAACAUUUUGUAGAGUUGCGUUGUUUUCGAGAAAUAAUAAAAAUGUAUAUUUCCGAUAUAUUUCCAAGUAAAACGUUAAAUCAAUCAGCAGCAUAUUUGCAUACGUUUUGCUAGACGGUAGAAAUCGAUAAAAAUAAUUGGAUUUCCAGAGUUUUAAGUGUGAAAUAUUUGUCUGCGUGAUCGCAGAACUCAAUUGAAUUUGAAUGAUGCAAAAAUAUCUUGACGUUACGAAUUUCUAUACUUACAAGGUAAAACAUUGUUGAAUAAAGAUCAUUUGUACAAUA